CUUGGUACUUAACCUCUUGCACCCCCAACCGCACAACCUCAACACUCCGCGUCUUGCUUCCAAUUUACGGUGUUGGAACUGUACGUCUGUGUUUGAAGGCUAUCCUACCGGUUGCGACAUCUUGUAAAGUCCCUCAUCUGCCAGAAGCGGGGCAAAUCACGCCGUCUUGCACACCGCUCGUAUCUUAUAGAUCAGCGUCUACUUGCACCACGAUUCGUGGCGCGGUGGAAAAAUUCCUACCAAACACCAAACGAUUGAAUACUCACUCGAUUAAUCCAUAGUUUCAGCCACCACGGGCGUCCACAGUCGUCUGUUCAGGAUAUAUGCAGCCAGUUCUAACGCACUUCUGCAUGUCUUGCAACUAUCACACUCCAGUAGCCUACACAGCAGCAGUUUUCUCACAGCUCCAGACUUGCAAUCACUGCGGUGCCCAAGCCAGUGGCCUAGUGAAUCCCCCAACCGCAACCACCAUGCAAGACACAAUGCAGCAGGAUGAGCUAGCAAAUCUCUUUUCACGAAAUCUCAGCCUCCAGCACCAGGCUCAUGAGCCUCAAGUAGAGCAGCAGGAGUCUAAACCCGUUUCUUCGCAGGCGGUUCCUCUUGAGCCCCAACCCAUUACGUACAUUUCCCAGCAUUACACUCAUUCCGCUCAUGUUAUUCCCAAGGCGCAUUCCGAGCCUUCAUCUAUACAUGUAGAUAGCUCAGAGCUGGUAGCAAUUCUCCUCAGGAAUAGCAUUGAUCCUACUGCCCUGUCUCCUUCUCAAAUCAAUCUUUUCCAGAACGCGGACGACGGACAAAAGCUGCGGCUUUUAGAACUAUGGCGUAUAUCCCCUCCAAGCUACAACAAGAGUCAAGAACUGGGAGUGCCAGCGGACACGACACUCCAGCAAGAAGAGCAUUUGGCCAGGCAAAGAUAUGAGGAUACUGAACUUGUUAAGCAAAGGAAAGCCAAUGAACAAUCGAUGUGGUCUGAGAACGAACAAAUGAUGGAGGAGGACUCCGGAAUAGGGAUCUCACUGGCUGGUCUUGCCGCACAAAAUCUUGCAGGCUCAACCUCCGCUGACCAGGGAUGCCGAAGCGCAGAACCGUACAUGGAAUCAGGUUAUGAGUAUCUCGCCAAACGAGAUUAUGACGAGGAAUCUCGCUCUCUUCGAGAGUCGAACAGGUACAAUCAAGCCGUGGAUCCAGUCUACAACAAACCCACAGGUGACUGGCUUUGGGGCAAACCGGGAGUUCAGGAUAUGGAAAAUCAAUAUGGUGCCUAUACGGCCAUGAGAGAGUAUGAGAUCCAGCAACAGCGAGGUACUUACGUCGGCAUCCACGGAAUGGACGAGGAUAUGAUCAUGUAAAUAUUGAUAGUCCUACGCAAGUUUGUGGGAUCAGUUGGUGCACAUCAAUUGUUGUUUGAUUUUGUUGGCAUGACUAUACCCAAAGAUCGAGUUUUACUUGUUGGAGAUCGAACACUGGUUGUUGAGGCGGACGUCGAAGCGGCGAUUUGGCAUUCAGGAUUAUUCUGAACAGGACAUUGUCGAGAGUAUAUUCUCAUGAGGAUAGCCUUCUGGAUAUUCUAUUCCAUGCAUACCGCAAUAUUCUAAACGGU